AUGGUGAAAUCUUACUUCAAAUUCGAGCACUCGAAUACAUUCGGGCUCGUCGCCUCGGCGACCUCGAAUGCGAUCUGGGCCAAGGAUGAGCAGACUGGCGGCGCAGUUCGCCAAACUGGCGCCGGUCGAGCCAUUGUCGGUGCCAGUGAGGAGGUUCUCUGCUGGGAUGUUAAGAAGGGAGAAUUGCUCGGCCGCUGGCGCGAUUCCGCCUGCAGAGCGCAAGUGACGGUGGUUACACAGAGCAAAACCGAUGAAGAUAUCUUCGCCGUUGGCUACGACGAUGGCAGUAUCCGUAUCUGGGACUCUCGAACCGGCUCGAUCAUAAUUUCCUUCAACGGUCACAAAUCCGCCAUCACCAAGCUGGCUUUCGAUAAUGUUGGUGUGCGCCUCGCCAGUGGCUCCAGGGACACCGAUAUCAUCCUGUGGGACCUCAUCUCUGAGACUGGUCUCUUCAAGCUCCGCGGACAUACCGAUCAGAUCACUUCGCUUCACUUCCUCUUCCCGUCUCCCGAGCUACUCAGUGCUUCGGGCAUGAGCGACCAUGCAGGCUUCUUGUUGACCACUGGAAAGGAUGCAUUGAUCAAGGUUUGGGAUCUGGCAUCACAGCAUUGCAUCGAAACACACAUUGCGCAGUCCAAUGGCGAAUGCUGGAGCUUGGGUCUUUCGCCCGAUCAGGGCGGCUGCAUCACCGCAGGAAACGACGGAGAGCUGAAGGUCUGGUCUAUCGACGAGGCUGCGAUGAUUGAAAUCUCAAAGGAAAACGUCAGUGCCAAAGGCCGCCGGAUUCUUACAGACCAAGGCACCUUCUACCGUCACGGCAAGGAUCGCACGAUCGGCAUUCACUUCCACCCUCGCUUGGAUUACGUUGGAUUCCAUGGCUCGGAGAAGGCCGUUGAGAUUUGGCGUAUUCGCUCACAAACAGAGGUCCAGAAGAGCAUGGCACGAAAGCAGAAGCGCAGAAAGGAGAAGGAUGCCCAGCGCGAGGGCGAGGAGAAGGAAGCCGAGGCUGAGAAGGAGAAGGCCAAGGAUUCCGCCUCGCCUCCUAUCACAGAGGUCUUCGUCUCUCAUGUCAUUGUUCGGACGGGUGGAAAGGUCCGCUCCUUUGAUUGGAUGACCAACAAGUCUAGCGGGUUGAAUCUACUAGCUGCGACAACCAACAACCAGCUGGAGUCGUACAAUGUUGUCCCGGCCAACAAGAAGAACAAGGAUGAGGAAGAAUCAGCAUACACUCGCAACUUGGCUGUCGACAUCCCCGGCCACCGAACAGAUAUUCGAUCUAUCGCCUUGAGCUCUGAUGACCGCAUGCUUGCGUCCGCCUCGAAUGGUAGCCUGAAGAUCUGGAAUGUUCGAACUGAGACCUGUCUGCGUACUUUGGAGUGUGGCUAUGCCCUCUGCUCCGCUUUCCUUCCUGGUGAUAAGAUUGUGGUUGUCGGUAACAAGAAUGGCGAACUGGAAGUGUUCGACAUUGCGUCUUCUACUCUGCUGGACACGAUCAAGGCGCAUGAUGGCCCUGUUUGGUCCCUUCACGUUCACCCGGAUGGCAAGUCCAUGGUCAGUGGAAGUGCUGACAAGACGGCCAAGUUUUGGGAAUUCAAGGUCGUUCAGGAGGAGAUCCCCGGUACCAAGCGCACUACUCCCCGUCUCAAACUGAUGCACACGAGAACUCUAAAGGUCAGCGACGAUAUUCUCAGCCUUCGGUUCUCGCCGGACGCCCGACUUCUCGCGGUCUCUUUGCUGGACAACACCGUCAAGGUCUUCUUCGUCGACUCUCUCAAACUUUUCCUCAACCUCUAUGGUCACAAGCUUCCAGUUCUCAGCAUGGAUAUCUCCUACGAUAGCAAGAUGAUCGUGACUUGUUCAGCUGACAAGACCGCCCGUCUGUGGGGAUUGGACUUUGGUGACUGCCACAAGGCUCUUCUUGCCCACGAGGACAGCGUUAUGUCAGUGGCAUUCGUCCCGCACAACAAGGAUGGAAAUGGACACAACUUCUUCAGUGCCAGUAAGGACCGAGUGAUCAAGUACUGGGACGGUGAUAAGUUUGAGAACAUCCAGAAACUGUCUGGUCACCACGGAGAGAUCUGGGCCUUAGCCAUGAGCCGUUCCGGUGACUUUAUUGUCAGUGCUAGUCACGACAAGAGCAUUCGCAUUUGGCAGCAAACCGAUGAGCCACUCUUCCUGGAGGAAGAACGCGAGAAGGAGAUGGAGGAGCAGUACGACAACACACUCACCGCAUCUCUCGAUCAAGACGAGGACGGAGAGGAUGGCGAGAAGGCUGAAGCAGUCGACGCUAGCAAGCAAACCACAGGAACCCUCAUGGCCGGAGAAAAGAUCAUGGAAGCUCUGGAUCUCGGUAUCGAGGAUCUGGCGGUUGUGGAGGACUGGCGCCGAGUCAAGGCUGCCAACCCUAACGCCGCGCCCCCUGAUCGCAACCCUCUCUAUAUCGCUUUGAACAACGUCUCGGCUGAGCAGCAUGUUCUGAACACCGUGCAGAAGAUCCCAGCCGCUGCUCUACAAGACGCCCUGCUGGUCCUUCCCUUCUCCAAACUCGAAUACCUCUUCACCUUCCUCAAUAUCUGGGCCGAGCGCGAGUGGAACGUCGCUCUGACCUGCCGCGUGCUCUUCUUCAUGCUGAAGACGCAUCACCGUCAAAUCGUGUCGAGCAAGAUCAUGCGCCCGAUGCUCGACAGCAUCCGCGCAGCACUGCGCCGCGUGCUGUCCCGCCAAAAGGAUGAGAUGGGAUUCAACCUGUCUGCUCUGCAAUUCAUCAGCAACCAGAUCCGUGAGCACAAUACGAAGGACUACAUCGACGAGGAAAACUGGACACCGCAACAAGCACAGCAGGGGUCGGGCAAGAAGCGGCAGUUCAUGAGCGUCGCUUAG